AUGGCGGCUCACGGCAUCAGCAACGAUGCCUCCCCAGGUAGCCACGGCGCCGAUGAGAAGCACACCGACUCUCGGACGCCCUCCCUCUCGAGCGGCUCGAAUCGGCCCUCGGGCUCGUCGUCCAACAACCAGCCGCUGGUGGGCAACGUCGACAAGCUGCAGCGCCACCUGACCAACCGCCACCUGCAGCUCAUCGCCAUCGGCGGCUCCAUCGGCACGGGGCUCUUCGUGUCUAUUGGCACAGGCCUGCAACGAGGCGGCCCGGCCUCGCUCUUCCUCGCCUACAUGAUCUACUCCAUGAUGCUGGGUAUGGUCAACAACGGCAUGGCCGAGAUGUGUGUCUACAUGCCCGUCACUGGCUCCUUCAUCCGCAUGGCCGGCAAGUGGGUCGAUGAGGCCUUUGGCUUCAUGGCCGGCUGGAACUUCUUCCUGUACGAGGCCUUCCUAAUCCCCUUUGAGAUCUCGGCCCUCAACCUGGUGCUACAGUUCUGGCGCAACGACAUUCCAGUCGUCGCCGUCUGCAUCGCCUGCGUCGUUUUGUACGGUAUGCUCAACGUGGUCGCCGUGCGCUACUUUGGCGAGGCCGAGUUCUGGCUGGCCUCGGGCAAGCUACUGCUCAUCUGCAUCGUCUUCUCCUUUACCUUUGUUACCAUGGUCGGCGGAAACCCCCAGCACGAUGCCUACGGCUUUCGCAAUUGGAUGGUUGUCCCAGCCUUUGCCGAGUACAUCGGCAAAGGCGACCUCGGCCGCUUCCAGGGCUUCCUGGCCGCCGUCUACUCUGCCGGUUUCACCGUUGUCGGCCCCGAGUACAUCGCCAUGAUCGCCGGCGAGGCCAUGCGCCCCCGCAUCUACCUCAAGCAGGCCUUCAAGACCGUCUACUGGCGCUUCGGCUUCUUCUUCAUCGGCGGCGCCCUGGCCGUCGGCAUCGUGCUGCGCCACGACGACAAGGACCUGGCCAACGCCGGCCACGGCACCGCCAACGGCUCGCCCUACGUCAUCGCUAUGGAGAGGCUCGGCGUGAACAUUCUGCCGCACAUCGUCAACGCCCUGUUGUGCACUUCCAUCUUCAGCGCCGGCAACGCCUACACGUACUGCGCCAUGCGCUCGCUCUACGGCCUCGCCCUCGACGGCCAGGCCCCGGCCAUCUUCAAGCGCUGCAUGAGCAACGGCAUCCCCAUCUACGCCUUCGCCUUUGUCAUGCUGUUCCCCCUGCUCUCGCUGCUGCAGGUUUCCAACAACACGGCCGAGGUGGUCACCUGGCUGCAGUCGCUGACCCAGGCCGCCCAGAUCCUCAACUACGUCAUCAUCUGCAUCACGUAUGUCUUCUUCUACCGCGCCUGCAACGCCCAGGGCCUCGACCGCAAGUCGCUCCCCUACUACGGCUACUUCCAGCCCUACUGCGCCUACAUCGGCAUCGUCUGGAUGACGUGCGUCGUCCUCAGCUUUGGCUACACCACCUUCCUGCCUGGCAAAUGGGACGUUAUGACCUUCUUCUCGUACUACACCAUGAUCUUUGUCGCCAUGAUCACCUUCGUCUCCUGGAAGCUGUUUAAGCGCACCAGCAUUGUCAAGCCCGAGCAAGCCGACCUGGUCUGGGACAAGCCCACCAUCGACGCCUACGAGGCCCAAUUCACCGAGCCGCCUACCCGCUUCCGCGACGACAUCCGCAGCAUGUUUGGCUGGGGCAAGAAGAAGGAGGGGCAGGACACCUCUGCCUAG